AUGACAUCCCAACGACGUGUUACAUUCCAUCUACCUGAUGGCUCCCAAGAAAGCUGCAGUGACAGUGGCCUUGGAGACCAUGACCCUGUAGGAAGUGGAACUAUGAUCUCACAACCUCUUCCUCUGGUUCAGGCACAGGAUGAAUUCUAUGACCAAGCUUCACCAGACAAGAGAACCGAAGCUGAUGGAAACUCUGACCCAAACUCUGAUGGACCUCUUGGACCUAGAGGAUUAGCUGAAGCCACGGAAAUGUGUACCCAAGAAUGCCUGGUUCUGGGCCACUCUGAUAAUUGCUGGAUGCCGGCAAGUUUGGGUUCUUACCAGCAACCAAAAUCACCUCUUUCCACAUUUGCACCUCAAAAAGAUUGGCUGAAAAAGGACAAAUUGGUAAAUGGACAUACACUGACAAAAGCAUGGAAAGAAGACAGCAACAAAAACCAGUUUAAUGACCGAAACCAAUAUGGCAGUACUGAUGGACAAUUGACAAGCGGAAAUCAUAUGAGUGACAUUCCUUUGGCGAAUUUAAAGUCCUACAAGCAAGUCUCAGGUGCUCUGGAUAGCCCAAAAGAGCAGCAACUAUAA